AUGUGUGGAUUAUCUUCAUUUGCCUUCAAUAUCGAGUUUAUGGGUAUCUUGGAUAAACUGCGCUCCGCUGCUUCAGAGUUAAAGGAAGCUGCGGCUAGUCUUGAUGACAUCGAUCAAGAUCUUUUGAGCAUGAAAGCGGGUCAUGUUUCAGUUCUCUUUAAGUUUGUCGCUGAUGAUGAUUUAAUACUUCGCCUUAAUGUGCUAGAAUCUUGA